UUCACUUGGACUCACCUCAUCAGUCUAUUUCAUGGAAAGAGCAGGUGUUCCUAAUGUUUUGCACACUCAGUGUGUAUUUACAGCAUAAAUAAUGACAAAGCACACACUUUAUCACAACCAAUUGGAAUUAGGAUAAAAUAACAGCCAUGCUUAGACUACCCCUGCAGUGGACAUAUCUGCUCUAUAAGGGAUUCUCAAAGUGGGUAUUGAAUAAAGGUUUUACAGAGGCUUUAAAACAACCAAAUAAGCAUGUGUAUUUAAUCUUCUCUAGACCCACUUGUGCAAUGUCCUGCAUACAUAAAAAAACUGAUGCAAAGUAGGAGAAAAAAACUUAAAAUAAGCAACAUUGCAAAAGUGUUCAUACAUUGACUUUGGUGCACAUAAAAUUAAUGACUGUGUUGAAAUAAACUGCAUAUUUAUUGCUGCAUAUAACCCCUUUCCUUUAAAGGAAAAACAACUUCAGUAUUACAUUUUUGGCUGUAGGCAAAAUUUCCAUCUUAAAACACCCUUGUCCUUUCUAAACAAAUUAUAUACAAAUUAAAGGCUCAAAUUCUUUAGGCUAAUUAUCUAACAAACUAGUAAACUGAUUUAGUGAAGAGAACAAAAGAAAAUACUGGCUAAAUACAAACCACACCACUCUGCUUUCAAUAAUUAACUCAGAUUUGUAAGUCUGUUGGCACACUUUUUGUAAGUGAUUUCCUGGAAUGAAAGACUGACGUCACACCACGUUAUGAGCAGCAGAUUAGGUCAGACGCAUCAAUUCAGGAAAUUAGACUGCAGUUAUUCAGCUGAGAAUCUCCAUGGCUGUUAACAAAAUGGCACAAAGAAAUGAACCUCUUCAAGAAAAAACAGUUAACCGUUCUAAAGAAAAACUGAAAGUCCUGCCUCAAGAAAUCUUGGAAGAUGUAACCGUGGUUCAAUUAAUCUUGGAACGGAACAGGCUCAAAAACAUUUCUGGUAUCAAAAACCUGAUAAAUUUAAAGACUCUUAAUUUGUCGAGAAACGACCUUGUGGACUUCCCUGUGGAAAUAGCACAGCUUGUACAACUAGAGACACUCUACUUGAACCAGAACAAGAUCCAAAUUAUACCUGAUGGAAUCUUCAACCAUCUUCAGCAUCUCAAGUUCCUCAAAUUGAGCACCAACCACCUCAAUAAGAUCCCCGGUGAUCUUGGCUGCUGUAAGAGCCUGCAGUACCUCAAUCUGUCCCAUAACAACUUGAAGGAUCUUCCUGAGGUUGUGCUGGAGCUACAGAACCUCAAGGAGCUAUUUGUGGAGUACAACAGGCUCCGAGAGCUUCCUGCCAAGCUGUUUGAGAACCAGAAGCUCGAGAAAUUCAGUGCUGCUUCCAACCGCCUGAGAGAACCUCCAGAUGAGGUCUGUGCCGGGGGUCUAAAGCAGAUCCGGAGCUACUUCAGCCAGCUCAGGAGCUCAGAGGCAGACUAUAUGAAGAGAGUAAAGACAAUGUUCCUUGGAUCCUCCAUGGCAGGUAAGUCCACCCUCUGCAAGAGCCUGAAGGAGAAGCAGACCGUGGCAGUGGACGUGAAGGACAGAACGGUGGGGAUUGAAAUCAGCGAGAUGAAGAUCGAAGACUUCCGAUUCCUUUUCUGGGAUUUUGCUGGACAGGAGGAGUAUUAUCUUACCCAUCACGUGUUCAUCACACCUCAGGCUCUGGUUAUUUUGGUGAUUGACCUUGCGAGCUACAGGACUGAAGAUACUCACUUUACCAAUAAGGUGGGCUUCUGGAUCAACAACAUCCUAAUGAGAGUGCCGGACUCUGUAGUGCUUCCUGUGGGGACUCACGUGGACCAGUGCGAAGUGGAUGACGUGAGAGACAAGAAGAAAGACAUUCAGAGAAGAAUCCAAGAUAUGCUGGAGAAAAGAAAAGAAUGUUUAGAGAGGCGGAUGGACAACUUGAGAGAAAAUACGGAGCCAGCCUUGUUUUGUGAUCAGUCAAGCAAACUGGAUGAGCUCACAAACCACAAUUUACAGGUAUGUCAAAUUCAUAUUCAUAAUGUCAUCAUUAACUUCCAACGCCACAUCCUUACUGCUGUGCAAGAUAAAAAUAUAUUUCCAAAUGUAGAGAAAAAGCUGCCUCACAUCUAUCAAGUAGUGGAAUCGACGAUAACAAGCCUUAUAAAGGAUAAGGAAAUUCCAGACCAUGGAAUAGUGUCAGUUAAUGAGCUACUCAAUGCCAUCAACCACAAGGGAAGCUUUGAGAGGCUCGCACGGGAUGAUCUGAAAGAUAUUUUACGCUAUCUUCAUCGAAUUGGACUCAUCAUGUGGUAUGAGGAGAGUACCAGGCUGGUCGGGACAGUAUUUGUCAAGCCAUCCUUCCUUAUCACACUGUUUAAGAUGAUUGUUCGUCAUGAUCUUGUAGAACAGUUGCAAUCGAUCCCCAGGGCAGUGCUGAUGAGAGAGCGUGCUUUGAUGAAGGAUAAAGACAGAUGGGCUUCUCAUUUCCAGACCAAGGCUAUUUUAUACCACAAAGCCAUGGUGGCCCUGACCAAGAACCUGCUCCAGCAGACGGACUCCCCCGAGGUGAAAGACAUUGUUGAAGAGAUCAUUGGGGGCAGGAAUGAGAAGGGGAAGCUCUUCAACCUCCUGGAGCAUUUUGAGAUCUUCCUGGCACUGAAGCCCUUCAACCCACUGAAUCCAGAGGCCAAGGAGUUCAAGCCAGGGGGAAAGUGGGAGCAGAAAGAGUCCAAUGUCCCUUCAGAAGCUUACUUGUUUCCGAGCCACUUAAAUGGCAUUGAGGAAGUAUCGAGGAGGUGGGGAGAAGACAAAAAAGAAGACCUUUGUGUUCGAAUCUAUUUCCUACCAGAAAUUCCUCAGGGCUUUUUCCAUAGGCUUAUUAUUAAGGCAUGCUCCUUCUUUUCAUCUCAUGCGGUUGGAAGUGGAAGAUGUCACGUGGUCUCCAAUGGAAAACACUUACUUAUUAAAGAAAAUAAAGAAGAUGACCAAAAUAUUGAAAUCCGCUGUAGAAGACCUGGAAGAGAUGGGUUCCGCUUUACCUGGGACUUCAUUCUAUCGAUCAUUUCAAAAAUCUGGAAGCUGCUGGUCCAGUGGCCUGGGCUUUACCACUGCUUGAGGAGCCCCUGCCCAUUCCCAGGCUGCAAAGUCGACUUUGACUGGCCAGACAUGGAAGGAACCGCUGAAAUUUAUGAGAUGGUGAAGGAUGACAUAUCGACGUGUUGCCAAGGCCAUAAUCAUCCAACAGAGCUGAUUUUCCCGAAAACUCCAAGUGCACCAGAAUCAAGAGCGACCCAAAAUGCCACUUACAUCACCAAUUACGGUAAUACUGCCUUUGGACCUACCAGUAUGACUGUCCACCAUCAGAGAUUGGAUUCUUAAAGAAGACUUUCGAGACUCAUCCUUCACUCCUUUGGAAUCUGUCUGUUUUGUAUUCAGAUGUGAUCAAAUGGAUACAUUAUGUAAAUAAAAAUGGUACUUA